AUGACACUGACGGCUCUACGCUCUUCGUUGCGCCCUUGUCUCCUUGCACGUCUCUCCCGCCAACAAGCCGCUAGUAUGGCCUCGACCUCCCAGCUACAGCAACAGCGGUGGAGCUCCUUUUCGUCCUAUCUCGUCACACCGCAAGAGCUCAACAAUGCACUGCAGAAGGAUUCCUCAGGUGAAAAAGCCAAGGUCGUUCCCCUUUGCGCAGCAUGGUUCAUGCCCAACGACCCGGAAGGCCGCACGGGCAUUGCAGCAUUUCGCAAAAGCCACAUUCCCCACGCGCGUUUCUUCGAUAUUGACGGUGUAAAAGAUGGAGAUUCCCCUUAUCCUCACAUGCUGCCCACGCAAGAGCGGUUUGCCGAGGCAAUGAGCGAACUUGGAAUCCAGCGUGAAGAUGAGGUGGUUGUCUACGAUACGUUAGAACAAGGUAUUCUUAGCGCACCUCGAGUGGGAUGGACACUACGCUUCUUCGGCCAUCCUCGUGUUCAUGUGCUCAACAACUACAGGCUGUGGGUUGAGCAGGGCUUGCCCACGGAGUCGGGGGAUGCCAAGCCGGUCACAAAAACAACGUAUCCAAUCCCCUCGUACGAGACAGACCGGGUAGUGCACUUCCCUGAAAUGAAGCAAAUUGCCGGUAAAGAGGGUGCUGGCGAAUUUGAAAUCCUGGAUGCGAGGCCUUACGGACGCUGGUCGGGUGAAGCUCCGGAACCUCGUGCUGGACUGUUGUCGGGCCAUAUGCCGGGUUCUAAAAGCGUUCCCUUCGGAGAGCUGCUUGACCCUACGACGAAAGCGUUUUUAUCCCCGGAAGAACUGCAUAAGGUCUUUGAGGCCAAGGGAGUUGACCCAUCCAAAACAAUCAUCACCUCGUGCGGGUCUGGAGUGACUGCGGCGGUAAUUGAGGCUGGGCUUACUGUCGCUGGAUUUGGCGAGCCAUCAAGACGAAGACUUUACGACGGAAGCUGGACGGAAUGGGCUCAACGAGUGGACGAAGCUAGUGGUCUGAUUAAGAAACUUUGA